AUGACUGUGGCGCUAGCAGCCUCGUCUCAAGCUAUAGAAGACAUUCCAAAUGUUGAGAAGAUUGAGCCAUGCGCCGAAGUCAGCACCCUAUGGGCUGCACAGAUUACAAGCACUGCCACACCAACUGUUCCCGCUUCUCUUGCUUAUGCCUGCCUAAAUACAAUCCCCCUCCAUAAAGACGCGGGCAUACAGUUGAUUGACGCUUUGGAGCCGUAUCUCGAAUGGCAGUCUGACGCAGCUUACAAGGCAGACCCGCCCGCGGAUUACUUCUACCCGCCUCACGACAUCUUCAAAGCACUUGCCAGCGUCAGGGCAGAUCUCGUGGCGGACAAGUAUACCAACGAAUACGAGUUCCAGGAGGAUCUUUAUGUUCGAGUCUUUGGUCCGGCGCAUGAUGGACACUUCGUCUUUUAUCCAGAUGCGCUGACUGUCGCGUUUGAGUGGACACGCACGGCGCCCAUCGUAUCAAUCAGCGAGAAUGGACGAUAUUUGCCCGUAAUCAAGCUAUACGAGGAUGUCGUUAGGGAUCCAAAAACAGCGCCUAUAAUUACAAAGAUCAACGGGAUUGAGGCCUCGAAACUCGUCCUUGACACCGUCACAACGGCGUCUUUCAACCAAGAUGGAGAUGCCGCCUACAAUUCCAUGUUUUAUUCGAAAGCCUUCGCGGCGGCUACUGCCACUGAAGGAUAUUUUACAGGCGGUGGCCGCAUCCGAUACAUUUACCAGGGUCCAGAGAUGACAUUUACCUUCGACAAUGGGACCAGUGCAACUUUUGAGAAUACUGCAUCGGUCAAGGCAAAUAUGACGGGAAUAGUUGACGGCCAAUCCUAUUUCGAUACCCUUUGUGUUCUGAGUAUCGAUGGUCGGCGCAGUUUUGUACCUGCUACUAUCAGCGCGAGGGUUCAACCACGCCAGAACCCCGGAUACCCAGAGCCAGUUCUGGCGACUGACGACGGCAUCGUGUCUGGUUAUUUUCUCGAAGGUGACGGUUUGGACGAUGUCGCGGUCAUUUCAAUCCUCAGCUUUGAUCCUAACUCUCCGCGCCAAUUUCAGGCCGUUGUCCAGAACUUCUUUGCGGAAGCAGUGGCCGCCGGGAAAUCGAAACUCGUUGUCGACUUCCAGGGUAACCCCGGAGGUUUCAUAGCGUUGGGCUACGACUUCUACGGUCAACUGUUCCCCCAAAUCCGAGCGGAUGGGCUCUCGCGGUGGAAGCUCAGCCCAGAGUUUGAGACUCUCGCUCAUGUCUACAGUAAUGUCUCCAAGGGCGUUGAUCCACUCAUUGAAGCCGAUAUUGAUAAGAUUCGUGCGUAUCUGUCACCAGAGAAUUGGCGCUUUGACCUGGAUUUGUCUGAACGGGCCUUUUCCAGCUUUGCGAACAAGUUUGGGCCAAGGAAUUUCAAGGAUACAAACUACACGGCUCUUAUGCGAUGGAACUGGAGCGAUCCUCUUAUCUCGACAAACUUCACUGUCGGCUUUGGCCUCGAGAUCUCAGGAUAUGGAUCCCGCUCAAAUCUCACUCAACCGUUUCUACCGGAGAACAUUGUCCUUCUUUAUGACGGCUCCUGCAGCUCGACUUGCACCUUGGCAUCCGAAUUCCUAAGAAUCAACGGAGGCAUCAAGUCUGUUGCUUUUGGUGGCCGGCCGAAGAAAGGCCCGAUCCAGGGAGUCGGCGGAGUAAAGGGUUCGCAAGUAUACCAGUUUAGCGAUAUCUUCCAGCUUGCUGAGCAUGGAAUAUUAUUUGGCCCGAGUCUAGCAAAUUUGAAGGCGUUAGAAGACGUUUCAACCCUCCCAAUCGCGCGGAGCACGGCGGCAUCAGUAAAUGUGCGAGAUCAGAUCCUCCGAUCGAAUAUAGACGAUGGCCUUCCGGCGCAGUUCGUCGUCGAACACGCCGACUGUCGACUCUAUUGGACAGCGCCUAUGAUCACGGAUAUCACCGAGAUCUGGAGCGCUGCUGCUAAUGCAGCCUUUAAUAAUGCUAAGUGUGCAAAUGGUGGUAUUAAAUACCGAGCUCCGAAGGCUUUUAUCCAGCCUACUGCAAACCCGAAGGUACCUAUAGUCAGUGAUUUUGUUGAGGCAGGGGCUACAUUACGUUCGUCGAAGCUAUGGAAUGCAAAGUUCCGUCUCCGUACUAUAGCGUAA